AUGGAGCGCACGAUUGGAAAUCUUGGCGAAGAGAUCAAACAGCCAUCUAAUCCUUACGCCAAUUUAUCACAACGUGGUUUACGGCGUUCUCAAGUCAAUGCGGUGAAGAUUAUGGUACCUCAUCUCGGCGUCCUAGGAGAGAAGGACAAUUCUCAGGAUGAAAAGACGGUGCAACUUAAUAGUGGGUACAAUCUCCGGCAUCCUCGGCAAAAGGCAGGACAGCAUAUUCGGGCUGUAGGAGAAGUUAAUGCAAUUCGGAGGUACAUGAUAGACCACGGGCUACUCACAUCCAUGGCGGCGAAGGAUUGGGAUCCAAAACUGGCCAAGUGGGCUCGUUUGGGCCUACCGAAUGGACAGAUAGCACGUUCGGUAUAUGGCGAGAGCAAACGUACUGACGAAAAUGUGCGCAUGUCUUGCAAUGUCAAACUCGAUAUUAAUGGGACAACUCAUUUCGGUGAAGUUCAGUAUUACUUUCAAGCUGAAACAGGUCACGCACAAAGUUCGGCCCUUGCAGUGAUACGUUUAUAUUCUGAGCCAGAUGCGAUCAUCUUGCAGCGCUCCUACAACACCGUAUGGAUGUGUCAUCCUCAAGGGGAUGCUGCGCUAAUGGUUGUGGAUAUUGAGAACAUCAUUGCAGUCGUUGGCAUGAUUCCAGAACCAUUCUAUGGUGGUGCAGGAGCCGGAGAGCAGGCGGAGAGAUCAGAUCGAUUUUUUGUUGUUGAGAAGACAGGCUUGGAGGUUGGACUGAUGGCGGGCGAGUUGCAAUCAGUGGAGAACGAUUGA